UGCUGUAAGCAUCGUCUUUCUCAAUUCUGGACCACGACACAACACAGUAUGGGUGCAAAAAAACGGGCUUCUGUCAGGAAGGGGGACAUUCAGGAUGGAGCAGGUCCUAGCAGGCCAAAAAGAGCAACACCAGCAGAAUCCUGUAUAAAGGACAAAACUCUGUCCAUAGUCGCUAGGAAACUUGGUCGUGAAUGGGUAACACUGGCAGUUGAGGAGCUGGGCUUUACCAUGACAGAGGUUGAGACUAUCGAGGCAAAUCAUCCGAAGGAUAUCAUAAGGCAAGGUCUCGAUAUGCUUACAAAAUGGAAACAUGCCCAGCCCACCGGUUUUGAACAGCAGAUUAGCACAUUGCGCACAGCAUUGGAGAACAUCAGAAGAGCAGAUAUUCUUCUCGAAUCCUGUAUAAAUGACAAAACUCUGUCCAUAGUCGCUAAGAAACUUGGUCGUGAAUGGGUAACACUGGCAGUUGAGGAGCUGGACUUUACCAUGACAGAGGUUGAGACUAUUGAGACAAAUCACCCAAAGGAUAUCAUAAGGCAAGGUCUCGAUAUGCUUACAAAAUGGAAACAUGCCCAGCCCACCGGUUUUGAACAGCAGAUUAGCACAUUGCGCACAGCAUUGAAGAACAUCGGAAGAGCAGAUAUUCUUCUCGCGUUUCCAACAGUGGCAAUACAGACGAACGCAAUAUGGACGAAGACCGCUCGCGCUGCCGGUCACUGGGAUGGAGCACGUCAUCAAGUCUCGGCUGUCCUAGAAUCAUUUGACGGAGUGCUUGACCAAGUAAACAGUGGGUCUGUGAUAUUUGUUGUUCGCAUCAUGAGUCGGGAGGGUCUGGACAGACUCUGGAGGAUGUACAACACUGGAGAACUCGCCAAGAAACUGACAGAGAUUCUCAGCACGGAUGAACGGACUAUCCGGUCGACUAUACAGGAAAGCAAUUACAAUCAGGCCUGCGGAUUCUUUGAUGAAUUGGAAAAAACCCAGAGGCAAGAAUAUCCAACAUUGCCAAUAGAGACGGACGCAUCAUGGAAUGGGACGGAGACCGCUGGGGCUACUGCUCAUCCCAGGAUGGACACGGCCGACUCAUGUGAUUGGGAGGGACAGGAUUAUACACGUCAUCAAGUCUCAGCUGUCCUAGAAUCAUGUGACGGAGUGCUUGAACAAGGAAACCCUGGGUCUGAGACAUUUGUUGUUCGUAUCAUGAGUCGGGAGGGUCUGGACAGACUCUGGAGGAUGUACACCACUGGAGAACUCGCCAAGAAACUGACAGAGAUUCUCAGCACGGAUGAACGGACUAUCCAGUCGACUAUACCGGAAAGCAAUUACAAUCAGGCCUGCAGAUUCUUUGAUGAUUUGGAAAAAUUCCAGCGGAAAGAUGAAGAGGACUCAAUCGGCAUGAUGGAUGAAGAGCACAAAGAACUUGGUGAGAGCAGCCCAGCAGCGACGGCUUCUAGUAGCGAUCCAGCUGAACACUCUGUAGAGAGAUCGGCCGAAACAAAUGAGAGAUUGCAUACGACCACAGAUGGAGAGGAUUCGAGCAGCAUGAUGGAAGUAGAGCAUAAACAACUUAGAAAAAGCAGCCCAGCAACGACGAGUUAUAGUAGUGAUCCAGCUGAACACUCUGAAGAGAGAUGGACAAAAAGAGAGGAGAUAUUGCAUACGAUCACAGAUGAAGAGGACUCAAGUAGCAUGAUGGAGGUAGAACACAAACAACUAGGAGAAAGCAGUACAUCAACGACUGCUUCUAGUAGCGAUCCAGAUGAGCUCGCUGAAGAGAGAUUGACCGAAAAAAUGAAGAGAUUGCAUACGACCACAGAACCAUGUUUAGAUGAAAAAUCUCUGUUCAGGGUCGCUAUGAUGCUUGCUUGUGAAUGGGUAACAUUGGCAGUUGAGGAGCUGGACUUUACCAUAACAGAGGUUGAGACUAUCGAGACAAAUCACCCAAAGGAUACCAUGAGGCAAGGUCUCGAUAUGCUUACAAAAUGGAAACAGGCCCAGUCCACCAGUGUUGAACAGCAGAUCACCAAGUUGUGUACAGCAUUGAAGAGCAUCGGAAGAGCAGACAUUGCCGGAUUUCUGCACGGUCCUGAUCAUCUGAAGAUUUGCCAGCAGCUGCUUUUUAGUUUCUACGAAGAACAUACAGGCUUCAUCCAAGAGAUCGUAACGUCUUCCAGGUCACUGGCGUUGGGUGUUAAUGAGUUCAAUAUUGAUUUAAAUCUCCUUCCGAGUGGGCACCAAACAACACGUGAAGACGUAAAAAUGUCAGGGCAAACUAAGAGUUUGAAUAGACCCAAAACAGUGCCACUGGACACAUGGGAGGAUAUGUAUGAUGAAAAGAAGGUAGGGGAGAAAAUGGUUCUUCUUUCAGGUGGGGCUGGAUUCGGCAAAUCGACUCUAUGUGUGACGAUAGCGAAUACUUGGAAGAAACGUAAAGAGUCAAAAGUUGCCAAAUUACGUAAAGGGUCAAAAGUUGCCAAAUUACGUAAAGUGUCAAAAGUUGCCAAAUUACGUAAAGGGUCAAACGUUGCCAAAUUCGAGCUCCUGUUCUUGUUGAAGUUGAGUCAAUUCAAGACAAGUUGUGUCAUAGAUGAAAUUUUUGAUCAGUUGUUGCAGCGCACUGACAAACUGACCAAGUCAGAUGUGAAAAAGGUUAUCAGUGACAACGAAGAUAAGGUCGCAUUCUUGAUGGAUGGGUUGGAUGAAAUACCGAGCCACAUUUUACAAUCUACCGAGGGUGUAUAUACAAUCAAUGAUUUGUUGACAAACAAGGUAUUGAUCAAAAGCUGUGUGUUGGUGACAACACGGCCAGACAUGGUCGACGAUGUAAUUCAGGGCUUCCAAGGCUAUGCCAGGGUUGAAACGAAGGGCUUUACAGUCGAUAACAGAGAUAAGUUUAUCAAAGCACACUUUCCAGACAAUAUCGCAUCCGGAGAAGACUUAAUUUCGUGGUUGAAAUCACACCACUCUCUCCAGGAAUUGUCACUGAGUCCAAUCAUUGCAUGUAUGCUAUGUGUGCUUUGGCCGAACAGACCUGACCCAUCAUUACCAUUGCCAGACAAGUUAACAACUGUGUACACUGAAUUUGCAGAAGUUCUUGUUGAACGCCGCUUUAACUCACUCAGUGAUGCUGAUAAGCAGCAAGUAAUGAACAAAAUCUUGAAGGGAUCGGGACAAGUUGCUAUAGAUGGGCUUCUAGAUGGAGAAAGACUUCAUUUCUCCCCAGAAGAGUUCAGUAGGGACGAAUCUGUCUUGAAGGACGGUUGUCAAAUGGGUAUCUUGCAGAGAGAAACUGUCUCGAGCCGUGUGACGAGUGUUGAAGUUGUCACUUUUCUUCAUAAGUCCCACCUAGAAUACUGCGCGGCACACUACCUUAUCAGUUUGCUAAGUAGUGAUGAACAGAGCUUCCGUCGAUAUAUUGAUAAAAUCAUAGCACUCGGUGUUUCGAAAGUAGAAUAUGUGCUUCGAUUUUGCUGCGGUUUAUCAAAACAGGCUGCUGCCCUCAUCCUGAGCCGUGUAGGACACGGUGACGACAAUGUUGCACGAUUGUGUUUGUUUGAGUCUGGUUCAAAAAGGCUAGCAUCUAAACUAUGGCCUCCAAGUAGAAUUUCCUGCUACGGCCAACAGGAAUUAGUAGCACUGCACUAUUACCUUACAGAGUCUGGUAUUAAACUAAACUGGACAACCUUCAGAAUCGAGUGCAAUUCAUGUGCCGACCUGCGAGUUCUUGGAGAUAUUUUUCGAUGUUGCAAAAGUGACAUUCGGAGUAUGACCAUCGAUUGUGUCCUGCGGGAUCAAUCUAAUGAGAUGUUGCGGCUACUUGUGGAAACACUUCAAGCAGCGGAUAGGGCAUUGCUAAACAAGAAAUUGUUAGGUAUUGAGGUUGGUAUUCGUGAUGGUGAAAAUGUUGAUGCUAAGCGUCUAGCAGAGUGCAUUUCCCAUUUACCAAAUCAAUUAUGGACGGUCCAUGUAUCCUACAUAUCGCAUGAUGACACCUGCGCAUUAGCGGAUGCACUGAAAGGAUGGUUCUGUCCUUCUCGGCUCUCUGUCAAAUGCCUCUCUCGGCUCAUUGUGGAAUGCUCUUGCCCGCCAGAGUGGCAACUGUGGGGGAACGAGUGUUAUCGCAUCACUCCUUUACCGCAUACUAGGGAUGACGCCAAGACAGCUUGCCAAGACAUGGGAAGCAAGAUGGCUGCUCCUCGCUCGCUGGAGGAAAUGAACUUUAUGGUGGAAUUGGCGCAAAAGGUGGACAGUGCAUACUCUGCCUGGAUCGCCUGCAAUGACAAAGAAAUUGAAGGAACUUGGGAGUGUGACGAUGCGACUAUGAUUGAAUAG